GCAAGUCCUUUCCUCCCUCGAUCCUGUGCGUGGGGGCGGUUGCCGCGUGGGCUUUGCGUCAGGUUCUUGCCGAUUGCAUCAGCAGCUGGCAUUUUUUAAAAUACAAGCUGUCACCCGUUGAAGUGAGAACUGUUAACAAACUGAGUGGUUCAUCCGUCUUAACAAAAACGCUACGAUGGGCAUAAAAGAUCCUGAUGCGAUACCCGCGAAAUGUGAAGGUGAAGAAGGUGACUCCAAAAAAGCAGCAAAGAGGGCAGCCAAAAAGGCAGAAAAGGCUGCAAAGAAAGCUGAGCACAAGACACAAGAACGGCCGUCGGGCGACGCGUCUCAUGUGGCCGAUGGCGAUACAGUCGAGACGGCGGACGUGUCCGCCGGCCGGUACGGCCAGCCAGCCAUGAACCAAUCUGCUGAGCACUUGGAUCGCCAGCUGGCACGCGUGCAGCAGCUGACGGCAGAACGUGAUGGCCAGCGACUGUGGGUGCGCGGCCGGCUGCACACCAGUCGCGCCAAGGGGAAGCAGUGCUUCUUCGUUCUGCGCCAGCAGCAGUUCACCGUGCAGGCGCUGCUGGCUGUCGGCCCGGAGACCAGCAAGCAGAUGGUCAGGUUCGCCGCCAACGUGACGCGCGAGUCGAUCGUGGACGUGGAGGGCGUGGUGCGCCGCGCGCCCCAGCCCAUCGAGGCCUGCUCGCAGCGCGAGGUGGAGCUGCACGUCAGCCAGCUGUGGACCGUGUCCGCCUCGGAGCCGCAGCUGCCGCUCCAGAUCGAGGACGCGUGCCGACCCGACGCCGAGGAGGCAGAGGGCGCGCAAAUCCGCGUCAACCAGGACACCCGGCUCAACUACCGCGUGCUGGACCUGCGCACGCCCACCAGCCAGGCCAUCUACCGCGUCGAGGCCGGCAUCUGCCACCUGUUCCGCGACACGCUCACCAAGAAGGGCUUCGUAGAGAUCCACACGCCGAAGAUCAUCUCGGCGGCGUCGGAGGGCGGCGCUAACGUCUUCACCGUCUCCUACUUCAAGAACAGUGCGUAUCUGGCCCAGUCGCCACAGCUCUACAAGCAGAUGGCGAUCGCGUCCGACUUCGAGAAGGUCUUCACGGUGGGUGCCGUGUUCCGGGCCGAGGACAGCAACACGCACCGCCACCUCACCGAGUUCGUCGGGCUCGAUCUGGAGAUGGCUUUCGAGUACCACUAUCACGAGGUGGUCGACCAAAUUGGCAGCCUCUUCACGGAAAUCUUCAAGGGCCUGCGCGACAGUUUCCAGACGGAGAUUGAGACGGUGCGCCGGCAGUACCCAUCGGAGCCAUUCCGUUUCCUGGAGCCGCCGCUGCGGCUCGACUUUGUGCAGGGCGUGGAGAUGCUGCGCGAAGCCGGCGUCGAGAUGGGCGACGAGGAGGACCUCUCGACGCCCAACGAGAAGCUGCUGGGCCGACUCGUGCGGGCCAAGUACGACACCGACUUCUUCAUCCUGGACAAAUACCCACUGGCCGUGCGCCCGUUCUACACCAUGCCCGACCCCAAGGACAAGCGCUGGAGCAACUCGUACGACAUGUUCAUGCGCGGCGAGGAGAUUCUGUCGGGCGCACAGCGCAUCCACGAUGCCGCCUUCCUGACGGAGCGCGCCAAACACCACGGCAUCGACAUCAGCAAGAUCCAGUCAUACAUCGACAGCUUCAAGUACGGCUGCCCGCCGCACGCCGGCGGCGGCAUCGGCAUGGAGCGUGUCUGCAUGCUCUAUCUCGGUCUGGACAACAUCCGCAAGACGUCCAUGUUCCCGCGUGACCCCAAGCGGUUGACGCCCUAGGCAGUACUUUGAAAUCUGCCCGGCCGAUGGCGCUUCAGUUUGUGAAAAUUCCGCUUUUCGCCGCGCGCGGAAAUAUUCGGCUGUUAUUUUUCGAACGAGGCGACUGCGAGAUUAAUCAUCGGACUGUUCCCCGCGGCAAAAAUUGACUCAAGCUCACAACAGCGCCGGUUAUUGCAAACCAUGUUCGGGGAGGCCCUUACGGCUUGUUUUGACGUAGGUGUUUUGUGUGUCGGGAGGUUGCGGUGCCCUUUCUAUUGCGGUGACGGCUUGGCUGUUUGCUGAGCUGAUGGCCGGCGUCGGCGGACCAUGGCCGUUUGGAGCUGUGGCCGGUGUGGGGCGCGCUGACGCGUCCUCUCCGCGCCGCCCUGUGCGUGCUCUGUUUACCACCGGCGUAAACAGCCGUCUGACUCGGCCCACGGCCUGGCCUGCCCGGCGAAAUAAACGCCCAAGGCCAAACCCA